GUAGUCCUGAUGUAUACACUGAUACACUCUCAAGUUUUCUCAUGCUUCUCUUUAAUAAAAUAUGUGUUGAAAACUGUAUGAUUAAACGUAAAAUUAGAAUAAUAAUUUUGCUACCAAUAAAACUAACGAUAAAUAGGAAAACCACAACUUAAACGUAGUCUGAGGAUUCAAGACAUCAUUCAAGACAUUCUUGAAUGAUUUGUCAAACAAACGAGUCUGUCGGACGAGUUGGUCAAAAUUGUUGCUUGAUAGCUGUAAUUUUGAAAUUCAGUCACGAUGCAACGGUACGAUAUUCUGAUCCAGGAGAUCGAAGGCAUCGACGAUUAUUUGGGUCCAACGUUCCGGGCAAUUUACGAUGGCCACGAACAUCAGAAAUUUAUGGAAAAACUUGAUGACCGUAUUAAGGCUCAUGAUAAGGACAUCGAGAGGAUGUGCAAUCAUCAUUACCAGGGAUUUAACGAUUCUGUUCGGGAGCUCUUGCAAGUUCGCUCGCAGGCACAACAAUUAAAUGCAGAGAUAUUGGACCUUGACAAAUGCAUCACCGCCACAUCUACUAAAGUGAUUGAAAAGGGUGAGGAACUCGUAAAAGCUCGCAAAGUUGAGAGCAACAUGGCUGCUGCUGUAGACAGUCUCACUAUGUGCCUUCCUGUCUUAGCCGCGUAUGCAAAGUUGCAAAAACAAUUAAAAGAUAAACGUUACUAUCCAGCCUUGAAAACGCUGGAGCAAUUGGAGCAUCACGAUUUACCGAAAGUUACGAAUUAUAGGUUUUCUUCUCAAAUUACUCAACAAAUUCCACAAUUGCGUGAGAAUAUAAAAGAUGCAUCUAUGUCUGAUUUAAGAGAUUUUCUAGAAAAUAUUAUAAAGCAUUCACCAAAAAUCGGGGAAGUUGCAAUGAGACAUACCGCUGAACAGUUAGCGACUGAGGCAGAAAUUAUAGGAAGAAAAAAAAAGAGAACUUACGUGAAUCAGUCAAACGAGAUCGAGGAGGAAUUGAGUGCCCAAGAUUUAAUGGAUUUCAGUCCUGUAUAUCGAUGUAUGCAUAUCUAUACUGUGCUCAGGGAAGGAGAAACUUUUAAACUAUAUUAUAGGCAACAAAGAAAACAACAAGCUGAGCUAGUUUUGGAGCCACCUAUCAAUAUGCACGAGAGUAUAGUCGAAUAUCAGACUUAUUUACACGGUAUUAUUGGUUUCUUUGUGGUAGAAGAUCAUAUAUUGAAUACAGGUAACGGAUUAGCUACUCGCUCAUACUUAGAUGAGCUUUGGACCAAAGCUUUGUCUACCAUAGUGUAUGCUUUGCGCACAUAUUCGGCAUGUUGCACAGACGCUACACUUAUAUUAAAAAUAAAAAAUCUUAUUAUGUUAUUCAAUACUACUUUAAGGGAUUAUGGUUACUCUGUAGAACAAUUAUGGGAUUUGUUACAAGAAAUUAGAGUACAUUAUAACGAAGUGUUGAUGCAACAUUGGGUUCAAGUAUUCAGAGAUAUUUUGGACGAAGAUAGUUUCUUGCCAAUUCAGGUUACAACACAAGCAGAAUACGAUAAAGUUUUAAAUCUAUUUCCUUAUCACGACGAUGAAUUGCAAAAAGCCGAAUUUCCGAAGAAAUUUCCAUUUUCUGAUAUGGUACCGAAGGUGUACCAGCAAGUGAAAGAAUUUAUCUACGCUUGCUUAAAAUUCUCAGAGGAUUUGAAUUUCACGCAAACGGAAAUUGAUGAAAUGAUAUGCAAAUCAACAAAUUUGUUAUUAACAAGAACUUUCAGUGGAUGCUUAUCAUCAUUGUUUCGGAAACCAUCGUUAGCACUUUUACAAGUAGUACAAAUUAUUAUAAAUACCGGAUAUCUCGAGAAAUCUACGAAGUAUUUAGAAGAAUUUGUGACUAAUAUUACUGGCACACCUCAUCAAGGUCAAUUAAGUUGUAUGGACGUGGAAUCUGCUAUGUUUCGAGUUGCACGUGAAGAUGCUGAGAAGCAAAUUUGCGAUAAACUGAAAAAUAAGCUGGAUGAAUUUUUGGAAUUGGAGAAUUACGAUUGGAACUUGACAGAACCUCAAGGACAUGCUUCGGGAUUCAUUACAGAUCUUAUUGCGUUUUUGCAGAGCACUUUCACAUGUUUUACCAAUUUACCGGAUGAAGUAGCUCAAGUAGCAUGCAAAUCCGCGUGUUCUCACAUCGCUAAAGCUAUAUUAGACAUAUUAAUUAGUGAAGAUGUGAAACAGAUAUCUAUGGGUGCAUUGCAGCAAGUCAAUUUAGAUACGAUACAGUGCGAACAAUUUGCUGCUUCUGAACCAGUCAUUGGUUUACCAGAAGGAACCUUGUUGCAGUAUUUCUCGCAAUUGCGACAGUUACUAGAUUUAUUUAUGAGUUGGGACUGGCCUACUUAUUUUCAUGAUUACGGUCAUGAUUCUAGUAAAUAUGAUUUAGUAACCCCGAAUAUGGCUGUACUUCUGCUGGAAAAAUUGAAAGAAUCUGAUAAAAAAACGGUGUUCUCUGUGUUAAAAAAAAGCGAAAGAGACAAAAAGAAAUUGCUUGAAACUGUAUUAAAGCAAUUACGUCAACUAGCACAGACUACUCAACAGCAAUAGAAGUUAAAAUCAAUUAUAUAUUUACAGGAGUCCCAGAAUAUUUAGGACAAUGCUCGUGUGCAAAUAGAGCGGAUUAAAUUGAGUCGAAAGGAAUCUUCUAUCAUCUUUCAAUUUUUGCAGUAGUUAACAAAAUAUUAAUUUCUAAAGAUCGCCAAAUAAGCGCGCAUCUGUCUGACCUCAAAUACACGAUCGUAGUCGUUAAGUCGGGAGUUUACUACAAACGACAAUAGUUUUAACAUACAACGACAAAAGAAAAUAAUUGUUCAUGCAAUUGUAUCUUACCACGCGCUUGCAUUUACUAUUAUAUCUUUUUUAGUCCUAUUGCUCGUGUCCGAGCGUGGUGACUUCUUCUCAUAUACUUAAUGCACACGCUGGUUGUACACAGUUUAUAUGGGUCCUACAAUUUAAUGUCGAUUUCGAAGUGAUGAAAUUUUUGUUUAGAGAAGUGUUCUUGGGCAAGGAUAUUCUCGAUGGUUGCCACUUCCUUCCGAGAGAAGAACGAGUGUACGUAAAAUUUGGUUUUAUUGGGAAUCGAACCUGGGAUUUCCAGCAUAGCAGACCAAUGUUCUAUCUAUUCUGCCAUUCGCUCUCAAGAUUACUAUAUACUAUUACAUGCUAUUACAAAAAUUAUAAAAUGCUAGAGAACUUUUCUAUUCAGUUUAAUUCUACCUGUACAUGAGCAUUGUCAUAGAUAUACACCCUGUAUAUGUACAUGUAUCUAUGUAUGUAUGUACGUCUGUACAUUGGAAAUGUGUAAAUAUACACUAAUUUUUAUAUAUUAUUGCAAAAACGUGA